AUGACGAUUUCUCUUACGGACAGUAUCAAGGUUCUAUUGGAAUUCGAAUCUGAGACUACUGGCGUAGCCCAAGGAAUUGAAUAUCUUCACCAAGGAUGUGAUCAACGAAUCCUUCAUUUUGAUAUCAAACCACAUAACGUUUUGCUAGACUACAACUUCACUCCAAAACUUUCAGAUUUUGGUUUGGCUAAGUUGUGUUCCAAGGACGAAAGUAUUGUGUCAAUGACUACAGCUAGGGGAACCAUGGGCUACAUUGCACCUGAAGUGUUCUCCAGGAACUUCGGAAAGGUGUCUUAUAAGUCAGAUGUCUAUAGUUUUGGAAUGUUAUUGCUUGAGAUUAUACGAGGUAAAAAAAAUUUUGGCGCAACCAUGGAGAACACAAACCAAGAUUACUACCCAGAUGCGGUCUAUAAUCUUCUAGAAGAAGGAGAAGACCCACGAAUCCAUUUUGGAGAAGAAGGAGAUGAUGAAAUUCCAAUGAAACUCGCAAUUGUUGGGCUCUGGUGCAUCCAAUGGAACCCGGUUGAUCGUCCUUCCAUGAAUGCAGUGGUUCAAAUGUUGGAAGGAGGAGAAAAGUUAAUAAAACCUCCUAAUCCUUUUGCGUCCACAGGUUCUACAAGAAGCUUUGCAACUGGGCCAUCAAGAAAUUUAAAUCUAGAGUUAGAAACAAUUGUUGAGUUAGAAUAAUAAGUAGGAUCAUGUACUAAAUUACACCAUUUUCCCACAUGCAAUUAUAGAAACACUCCUUACCAAUGUAAGCUUUUAGUUAUUGUAAAAAUUGAAU